AUGCCUCUUCCCCGUGUACUUCUGGACAUCGCGCGGAACCCGUGGCUCUCCGUGGGCGGCGCAGUUGUGCUCGGCGCGGCCGUGGCCAAGGUCAGCAACAACCAGCGCGCGCACGAGUACUACGCGUCGCUGGCCAAACCCACCGGCAAUCCGCCGACAUGGGCGCUGGGGCCGAUCUGGGGUACGUUGUACGGCAUGCUAGGUUACGCGGCGCACAUUCUGGCGCGACUUGCGGACACCUCGUCCUUCCAGGAGAUCGCGGGGCGGGCGUUGCGGCUGCACUACGUCCAGCUCGCUCUUAAUUUAGUCUACAUGCCUAUCUUCUUCCAAAUCCAGAGCCGCGGCUUUGCCCUCGUGGACAUACUCGCCGUCACAGGUUUGACCUGGAAGCUUGUUAAUGAGGCGCGCACCCUCCCCGGGCCCACAUUCGUGCUCCUCAUCCCGUAUGCUUUCUGGAUGUUGUACUCGACAUAUCUCAACGUGGGACUCAUCUACCUAAAUUCCAAGGUGAGAAGGCACUCAUGGUCGAGCUGAUGGCGGACGCUGGAAGGCCAGUAGAUGCGCAUGAUGCACAUGUUUGCCGGGCUGCUUGCUGGAAAGUGAGGCGUCAGCCAACCACUUGGGUUGGGCGAUG